CCAAGCCAUUAACUUAGGUCCAAUGUCCUGGAUGGCCAGGUGUAUUGGAGGGAAGGCUUCCAGACUGAUGGAAGGGAAGAUAUUUUAUAUGGGGCAGGUCGGGCAGGGCCUAGAUCAGCGAAGGACAAAGGCCUUAUGGCUCCAUCUGGUUUUCCUUGACCCAUUCUUGGAGCAGGGGAGUGCCAGUGUUCUAGAAAGGUGAGUGAAGGCCAAGUUCUAGAAUGAUUUUCCCUAGAGAUCAGGCCUGGAACAUUCCAAGGACAUCUAGUACAUCAGUUGGAAAUAAAUUGCCUUGCAUUUGGCUGCUUCCUGUGAAGACUGUUGCUUAUUUUCCUGGCUGCUUAGUUCUUUCCUCAUAUAGAGGCCUCUUCUUGGCAGUGAUUUCUAGAAACCCCAUAGGUGUUCAGUGCCUUGUUUUUUUUCCCUGUCCCUCUGUCCCUCCCUCCUGUAGAUAUGAGCCUGGCCCACACCACUGUGCUUCUCUGUGCCUGGGGCAGUCUCCAGGCCUUUGAAAUAGUGGAGAAGGAGAACAUUUUUCUGAAGACCCCCUGCCCUGCUUUCCUUAUGUUUGACAAUGCUGCCUACUUGGCUGAUAUGAGCUUUGAGCUUCCCUGUCACUGCAAGCCUGAGGAGGUGCCGGCUGUAGUCUGGUACUAUCAAAAGCAUGUGGGUAGCAGCCACACCAAAGUGCUGACAGACUUUGAUGGGCGUGUGCUGACUGAGGCGGCCCAGGUGCGUGUGGGCAGUGACAUGCUAGUCCGUUUCAGCAUCCGCAUGUUUAGCCUGUUGGUUUUCCGGGCCCAGCCUGAGGACUCAGGUCUGUACUUCUGUGGCACCCGCAAAGGGGAAUACUUUUAUGCCUACGAUGUGGACAUCCAGAGCAAUGAGGGAAUGGUGGCGACCUUCAAGGACAUGGGCCAGAAGCCCUUUGCUGAUGAGUACUAUGGGAACCUCCAUGUCUUCACCACCUUCUGGGAGUGGACCCCUUGUGACCGCUGUGGGGUGCGUGGGGAGCAAUGGCGCAUUGGCCUGUGCUACCUGCAGAGCCCUGACCUCUCCCCACGGUACCGGAGGACACAGUCUGAUGUGGUGUCCUGUGGUUCACAGGCUGUGCCUAGGAGACUGCGCACCACAGUCAGGGACCACAUGCCUGAGUUGCUGGUUCAGAGCUGCCUGGUGCCCUGUGAAAAGAAGAACCGGUUCCGGGAGAGCGUGCUGGCUAUAUACAACUACGUGUCCAAAGUGGGUAGCAAGCCUUGGGUGCCCAAAGUGCCCAUUCAGUUUCACCAGCAGAGACUGGGCCAUGGACUCAUCAUCUCCUGUCCUGGGGCCCGGCCAGAGCAUGCUGUGGCUUGGGACAAGGACCACCAGCACCUCUACCGCACACAAUACCUAAAAGGUGUCAACAGAUCCAUGAGAGUAUUCAUUGACCAUGGCAACCAGCUCCACAUUCGCUUCACUCAGCUAAGUGACCGGGGCAUUUACUAUUGUUGGCGGCAAGGGGUGCAGAUUGCUGGGUUUCGACUCAGUGUGACAUCCCGAGGGCACUACCCAGCCUCACUGUCUGACCCUGAGACUCGUGCUGCUGUGGAGCUCACCCUGAUAAGCUAUCUUCUCAUCACAGCAAUUUUUGUCACCGUUCACCUCUGUCGUUGCUGCUGUUACUCAUUUCGCUUUCGUCCCAUGUUCUCACCCUAGGCUCUCUCUUCCCAAGCUCUGAAGACCAGUUGUGCUUCAAUGUGUUUGUUAAAUGAUACCAGAUGCCUCUGGGUAGGCGUCCUGGGCUGGGACAUGUGGCAAGAAGAUGCAGACAAAUCUAUUAGUUACAAUCUGCUUCCCAAUUUCAUGAACAGGUAUGGGGCCUGAUCUGGGAAGUGGGGAAACCUAAAGCAGGUGAUAGCUUGGGGACUGAGGAGAAGGGAAGUAGGCAGGGGCAUAUGUUUUCUGACUUCACACUUAGGACAGAGGAGGAAGUGAACUAAUACCCACCAAAUCACCUGUUGCUGUUGGAUCGCAUUUGAGGUGCCCUUGAGGAUUGCUGACGGGGCACUGGUUGAGCUGUGGGUGGCACAGGAGGAAGGAAGAAAAAAGUGAAGGGAGCUAGCAUAUGUCUUCCUUGGCUUUCUCCCCAGCAUCAUUCUGGGAAUGGCAGGUAGGAAUAGCAGGUGUGGGAGUAAAGAUGAAGACUAGGAUGGGGAAUGGUGAAGGGAGCAGAGAUCAAAUUCUGGGCUUUCUGCACUCAGGCUGGGGAUGAGAAGAUGGAGUGGGGAGCAGAGGCCAGGGUACCAUGCCUACUGUGGCAGAACAGGUCAGAAAUGGGAUUUGGUAUGUGGCUACUGCCAUAGGGACUUGGACUCCCAAGACAAUAAGAGAUAAAGAGUAAGUUGAGUCUUGUCCAGUGCUACAUCUUGACCCCGGCUUCCCCAUCCCUGCCAUGAAGAGAUGAGAGUACACUCUGGGGAAGGCCAUGGUAUGCAUCUUUAUUUCUCCUCAGUGAGUAAAGAUGGUGGCACUUCCCUGAAGGUUAGCAGCAACAGCAGCAGCAGAUGGUAGCAAGGAGUGAAGAGAGGGCACCAAGUCUUGGGAAGAGGGAGGGAUCCCCUGAGGGACCCCAUCUUCCUUCUUGGCCUCAGAGGGGAGUAGGACCAUGGAGUGGGCCCUUCCAGCCCCAUUUCUGGGCACAAAUAUCUACCACCUGCCCACCAGCCUGCCCAGGGAGAGUAGAACAGGUGUUCUGGGGUGGAAGAGUGUGCCCAAGUGCCCCUGCUUCAGGCUUUGCUCUGCUCAUGCCUCAGUUUCCCAAACUAUAAAAUAGGGUGCUGCCUAAAAUACAGGUGGGGUACAUUCUAUACGCAGGUAAGAGGGGACACAAGGGGCCCUUAAUGUAGGGAGGAGCAGCAGCUAGUCAUUACAGGUGGAGAAGGUUAGGUGGAGGGUAGUGGCCUCACUGUGGUCAGGAGGCAGCAGUCACAGGGCUCUGAGGCCUGGGUGGUCAAAGAUUAUGCAGCACAUAAGAGGCCUUCAGAACUGAGACAGUGGUACUCUGCCCCCAUGGAAAGCAGCCCUCUCUCCCCUGUUUCAGCAUCUUCAAAAGGAUGAGUCAUUUUCUGGAUUCGCAUGACUCAGAGGCCAAGUGUAACUGUUACUCACAAUCCCCACUCUGAUGUCUGGCAUCAUCCCCACUGCCUCCUUACUACCAGUGUCCCUUCUACCCCAUAUGGGGGAGUCGUCCUGGGUUUGACCUCUCUGUAUCCACACCUAGGGGCCAGGAAGCCCCCCUCAUUGCCCUUCUAACACUCCUUCCCUCUCCACUUAACUGUAGAUUCCCCGAGAGCUGAGAACCAAGCUCUUACCUGCCUAUAGACUGGUUCCCUGGAUGGCAGCUCAAUGGGAUUAAGACAUUUGAAUUACCAUUCAGGAGGCCCCCUGGGACCUUUCUCUGUAGUCUAGGUAGCAGGACUUCUCCUACAUUGGUCAGGGUCAUUCUAGAAGAGCAAGCCUCUGCCCAGGGCUGCCUUGCCUGUGAGGACUUUCUCUUCCAGCAGCCUAAGAAAACUCAAAGCCCAGUUCCCAGAGACUCCAGAGACCUCCAGCUUUGGCAACAGUUGCCAUAACAACAGGGUGAUUUGUAGGUGCCCCCUGCCCUAUCCAACUUAUUCCUUCGCUCCCAAAUUUAACCCAAGCUGCUGGCCACACUUCUAGACUGCCCCUUUGGUGUGAGUGCCCUGUUAGUUGAAGUUGCUAGGUGCUGGGUGGGUGCCAUCUGGCAGGCCGAAUGCUGACUGAGCCUAGGGCAGCAGACUGGUGUAGAGAUGGAGGAGGGAGGGGAGCAGCAGUUAGGAAUCAGGUCUGGAGAAAUGAGCUAUCCAAGGAGAAGCAACUAUACUGCUCCCACUACAGGCCCCUCAUGCUGUGGGGCCACCUGGUGGCCCACCUCACAUCACAUCCUUGUGCUCCUGCUUGGACUCCUUAAUGACCUGCAGGGGACAGGGAAGGUGCACAGUGCAACAGUUUAGGAGCUCACUGACUCCAGGUCCCCCAUGCUAAGCUAUGUAACUUAUGUAAGGCAAGUACCCAACCAUCCUAGAACUUUCUUUUCUUAAGACCGCCUUUCAUUGUGCAGUGGUCGGAGUGGGUAGUAAAGGAGAACUUGUACAGUGCUUAGCACCAUGCCUGGCACACAGGGCUUAUGGUAUAAGAGUAGCCUUACUGCUGCUGCCACUCCAACUGGGAAUGCCAAGGGGGCAGCAUGC